AGAUCUACUGAAAAACGAUCAAAGGAUUAUACAUUCGUGCAUACGUUUAUGAACUGGUACGACGCAAAAGCUGAUUGCGAAUCCAGGAAUUUAAAACUUGCAGAGAUCCGCACACAGGCAGACCAAGAUGAAUUAUUAGCAGCAACGAUGGGAUACUCAAGUCGUUAUUGGUUUGGUACUAUCGACCCUCAAGGCGACAACACUUUUGAAUAUGCAACUGGUGAAAGCUUGACUUAUUCUCGUUUUAGUCCAGGUUAUCCAACGGUCUUUAACGAUAUCUCGUGCGCUGCAAUCGAUGGUUACUAUGGUUAUUGGAUAAAUGCUAAUUGCGAUAAUAUGUAUCCUUUCCUAUGUGAGCCUGACAUAGAUUCUCCAGGUGUAUCGGGCGAUCCGCAUAUGACAACAUUCGACGGUCGUCCAUUUAGUUUUCAAGGCAUAUGCUGGCAUACUCUGUUUAAAGACUGCUCGACAAAUCCUGCCUUUGAAGUCACAGCUGAGUUUGAGCCUAGGGAGGACAGUACGUUGGAACAUGUCAGAACGCGGACUGUUUCUGUUAAUGUAACUGUUGGAGGUGACUUUGCUAUCAUUAAUGGACUGGAUGUUGUUACAGGAAGAACUGAUGGACACAUUACUGCAGCAAGACCAAUACACGUUCAUGAAGACGAUAAAAAAAUCACCCUGAGCUUCACUUCUAAGGAUACCACAUUCACUUUGCAUUGGACAUUGAAGAAGCACAGCUUAAGAGUAUCUAUCUCUGGAUCUGACUACCGUGGUCAUCUCUGUGGUCUACUGGGUGAUGAUGAUGGUGACACUCGUAAUGACUUCCUAACACCUGAUGGUGCUGUAGUCAACGAUGCUACUGUGUUUGGAGAAAGCUGGAAAGUAGAAUGGAAGAAAUGUGACUGACACUAUCGUCGUAUACCAGAAGCUGACAUGGCAAGAAAUGUACAACAUUUGAUGUCAAAGUAACAUGGCCAUGUCAUCAUAUAAUACAUUGCAUUUAAUUUAUUCGGGUUCCUUUUUACAGUUUGCGUUAGGCAAAUUCAACAAGAGUUGAAAUGCUAUUGCUCGAAGGAGAAUUGGUAUUAAAAUAUUAAACGUUGGUAAUUAAAGGUGCUGUUAUGGGUACAA